UUAUAUUUUAUAUGGAAAGUUCCAAGAUUCAGCCUCUCAAAUUGGGGAAGCAAGAAAUGAAGAAAUAGUGGUGUCAUUUCUGAUCUCUCACUUAAAUCAUCCAAUUUUAGAUAAAACCGGAAAUUUGAGAUUUGCAACAUUAAUGGAGGAAUUACCAGUCGAGCUUUGCCUUAAGAUCUUCUGUUUCUUGGAUUAUCAAAAUUUGUCAACUGCUCAACAAGUUUGCAGGAAAUGGAAAGUCUUGGGCUCUGAUAACAUUUUAUGGGCUAACCUCUUCAAGGAGAGGUGGGGUGAAGAUCGUGCUGUGUUCUACACUCCAACUGAUUCCAAGUCAUGGAAAGAUGUGUAUAUAGUGCAAGACCGUUGUGAUCGUGUUGGAUUAGGAUUGAUGAUAAUUAGGGAGGGAGCUGAUUAUUACGUAAUAUACCGUGGUGAAAUUCAAAGUUAUUUGGGUUCAAGGAGACAGAGGAAGGGGCAGGAGGCCAGCACUUUGAGCAGACAGGGUGAACUUGCUCAGGAAGGGUCUUUGGUAGGAGGACCCAACUAUGGGAUCCUAGAGAGCAUCCUUUUCUUCAUUGGGGAUCUGGAGGUCGCUUCUAACAAAGCAAAACAAAGCCGAUUAAUGUGAAUGAAUUGAAGUGUACAAGCCCUUAUGUUAACCACAAUGUCUGUAAGCUUACUUCUCUGUUGUAUAUGUAUAACAAAUCUUCGCUUGUAAAUCUCAGUGGAUGAUUUGUGUCUGUUCAUUCCUUCUGUAAAGUUUAAGUUGGUCGAACCAUCUAUUGUUAAAAAAAUGGUUCUAUAUGUAUGAGAUGAUUAUUUUCGUCUCUUAGUAGACUGAAAAUAGUUGUCACAUAAUUUAGCUUCUUACAAUUAAGGACAAGUGACAUUACUCUGUAAUUCAAAAUAACCUUUUAACUGUAUAUGAUAAUUGAUAAAGUGUUAAGUAA